AUGACGAGUCGGCCUUCGUUAUUUUUCUUCCACAUCGCACGCCCAGCUCUUAGUCCCUCCCCCUCUUUGAUGGAGGUUAUCAAUGCUCGAUCCGCCCUCCUCUCUAAUUUUGAAGUCCUCGAGCUUCUAAGAGACCUCGAGAACGAACAUUUAGCGCGUACAAAGACCGCAAUCCGUAUCAAAAAGGAAGAAGAGGCUUCUGGUAUAUCCAGUGUAGAAAAGCAUCCCGCGACAAUAGAGAUCACUGAGAAUGUACGGACGGUACAGGUCGAAGCGAUCCAAUAUCUAGCUGCUGAAUAUCAGCAGACCUCUUCACAAACUUCCACAGGGAUAACACAGCUAGUGAAAGAUCUCUCAAGCUAUGACCUGACCAAAGCUGAAAAACUACAAAUCGUAAACCUCGCUCCUACGCAGCCGGUAGAGCUCUAUGUUAUCGUAGAGGAAUUGGAAGACCGAUUAGGUGACGCUAUGGAGUCAGUCCUCUCAGCAGUGUCUGCAUCUCUGUCUGCGGCGUCUUCGCAGCCAGUUAACACGUCUUCCCCACUACGCUUGACCUCAGAUACUAUGGCAGACUUGAGUCUCCAGUAUCCCUCCGAAGACUUUGACGAUGGAGCCGUAGUCGAUGACAUGAUAUUUGACGACGAAGGUCAAGGCGUCGGCAUCGAAGGAGACUUGGACAAGGAAGAAGAUUAG